CCUGGGGCAGGAGUAUCAGGCCCCAGAUGCACAAGUACUCACCCACCUAGUGAUGCAUUAAUGGCAGAGGCAGAGUCUGUUCCAGAGAAGACGUUCUGUGUUGCAGUCAAAGCAUGAAGUUCAAGGUUGUCCUUUAAAAACGCUGUUUCCUCUUCUGUCCUCAAAGGAAACAUCACUUUGUUCAUUUCAAGAAAGAGUCAUAAUCCCCUAAUUGCCAUGACCAGUUGGGGGGCUGAGAGGUGAUCUGCUGUUGUCAGUGUAACAAGUUUCAGGAAAGUUUAGUUUUCCAAACAGCUGUUGUGUUUUUAGGGGAAAUUCUUUUGCCAAUUGCAACGAUUCUUAUCAAAGUUGGGGGAACCCCCCCCAACCCUUUCCCACAGUGAGGAGGGCUGGCUUUGGGACAAGGGGGAAGCCACUCUGAGUGGAAUAACCUGGGGAGGGGGGGUGGACCAUUGAGACAGUAGGAGGCUAUGGGCUAUGCACGGACCCCCAAAUCUUUAGUUACCUAAAACUCACAAUGCAUGGCGAAGCCGUUUGGUUGGUUGUUUGGGAGGGGAAGGGGUGUGUGUGAAAAUCAGUGACAGAGGGAACAUCACAGGGUGUCUUAGAGCAGAACAGACACGGGGACGAGGAACACAUCAGCGGACAGGUGCCUGAAGGGGGCACUCAGGUCCCAGAAUCAUGGGGGUCCAGGUUGUCACAGACCCCACAGCCAGGCUUAACCAGGUGCCUGGGUCCUUGAGGGGCAUGGCAGGUGCCUCCACCCUCCCCAGGAGCUGAGGAGGAGGGAGGGCAGCAGGCUGGUGUCAGCAGAGAAGAUUGUCCCCAGAGCCCUGCCAUGGGAGCCACCCUGGCUUUUGUGACCUCACAGGAGGGGUGUGGGUGACUAUUUCCCACAGGGGGCCUGGGCCCAGACGGACACCAGAGCCUUCCCCCAGGGCAGGGGCAAACGGCCCCUCAGGGAGGGAGCCGGCAGACAGGCAGCUCCAUGGAGGUCCACGCUUAAUUAGGAGGACUCACCAUGAAGAAGGGCAAGAGGAAGAAGACGGAGGCCAAGCGCCAGGGCUCCACCUCCCAGCGCGCCAGCUCGGAGUCCACCUCGCCGCAGCAGAGCUCUGAAUCCAGCUCACAGCAGCCCAUCUCCAAGUCCACCCUGCCGCCAACCAGCCCUGGACCCACCUCGCAGACCCCUAGCCCUGGGCCCACCUCGAAGCCGCCCAGCUCUGGACUCAUCUCACAGACCAGCGAUGAAUCGACGCCCCCGCAGCCUGUGCCCCAGGCCCUCCCAGCUCCCCAAGUCAGCCCCUCAGCUCGGGGCGUCGCGUCUCAGGACACAGACUCAAAAGCACCCCCUCGAUCCAAGAAAACAGGGCCUCUGACCCGAGCAGGCCCACGCGCCUUCUGUUCCUGCUCUGCGUGCCCCGGCAGCUCUGCUUGCUGGUGUCGUCUGGGCCUGUGCCACAGCCGCAUCUUCGAUGUCCUCCUGCCUCGGGCCUGGCCGACCCUGCCAGGGAGAGGAUUCCCAAACCUCCUCACCUUCUACAGAAGACCUACAAGAAAGCACUCCACUCAUCGUAAUUCGCGCGCUCCGAGCCCUCGGCACUGUUGCUGUGGCUCUGGGAGCCCUAGGAGUUGUCUACUACAUCACUGAAUCCUUGUGAACCAGUCC